GGACCACCACCGGGUACAAAGCCGCCGAAAGAUGAUGAAACCUCGCAUACAUACAGUGGAAAAAUCCGCUUCUACAAGUUGGGGGCCACGCUACAAGGAGCUGCGAGCACUUUGGGAUACCGAUAUACCAACAGGAACGUCCUGUUCGCAGUGUCCAGCCUGAAGAGCGCCUCAGUCAUGCUACCAAUGGCAUGCGAAAUGGCCAAAUGGAAUAGAAACAAUGUUCAUCUGGCUUUCAUGGGACGUGACGACCUCCCUCUGGAAGACAUACUCGAGAUUAACGGAGUGGACGAGAAGAAGUGCAAGGUGUACUGGCAUGACGCUCGCCCGGAUUACUCCGAAUACAGCACCGAUUUCCGCGCGGAAGCAAGUGUUGCUGCAGCAAUGAACCACAUACACAGUUACAUCCACCCGCAGGUGGCUAUCAUUGAUGAUUCCGCUUCAGAGGAUGCCUUCUUUGUAAGAAGCAUAAGAGCGAAAGCAAAAGUCCAAGACGUGCCUAUUAUCGAAGUACCCAAGGACGGAUCCGAUAAUUUUGUGUGGUUGUGUAGACUAGACUCUGGAUCUUUAAGGUCGUGGCACCGCUCCACGAUCGACAUUCUUAUACAGGCUCCGUCCCAAUCAUCUGGGUCGCUCAUUCGCCUGCUUCGAUCAAUCCAAACUGCCGAUUACAGAGGGUUGAAACCUCCUCGACUGAUUGUUGAGCUGCCAUCGAGAUUGGAUCCCCCAACUCAAUAUUACUUAGAGAACCUCAUCUGGCCCCCUGCGGCGAAAGACAGCCCUCUUGCUUCAAGCGAGAUCAUUUUACGACAUCGCAUACCUAACGAACAAUCAUCUCAAGAAGAGUCUUCUAUUCGAUUCCUAGAAAGCUUCUUUCCCACAAGUCCCGCAGAUUCUCAUGUUCUCUUGCUUUCUUCUCAAGCUGAACUGUCUCCGCUAUAUUAUCAUUACCUCAAGUACAACCUGCUUGAGUACAAGUACUCUGUGUAUGGCGCAGAGGAUGCUUUAAAUGUCAUGGGUCUGGCCCUAGAACUUCCAAGCUAUCUCUUGGAUGGGACUUCAACACUGAAAGCGCCUACCUUAGCGGACAUGAACGACUCCAAAUACAAGGCUAUGACCGGAGUCCCUAGUGUCCCUUUUGUAUGGCAAGCACCAAACAGCAACGCCGCUCUGUACUUUGGAGACAGAUGGGUUGAACUCCACUCUUUCCUCAGUAACCGCAUCUCCGCAGAACACAAGACACCAAAGAAAUCACCUCGCACCAAACUCAUCUCCGAAACCUUCCCAGCGUGGGCCGAAUACAUGCUCGAGUUCAUGCGAACACGCGGCUACGGCCUCAUCUACCCAGGCACUCUGUCUUCAGAAAGCCUCGCCAAAGUCCACAACGAAUUGUACCAGUUGCCCGAAGAGUUCCAAGUGCCUCUCUCGGAACCCAAACAGAAAGCCGGCGAUGCCCCGCCGCCGAAGAAACCAGCGCAACCCUUUCUGACAGAUGAAUCCCCACCUCCGCCGCCGGUAAACGCAGAAACGCCCCUCGUGCCGUUCUCGAGACCCCUCCACGCCGCCCUACCAUUCGACGGCGAUCUCCCCGAGAUCCCCCACAUGCCCCACCUGCUCUACUCCGGCAAGCUCAUCGAGCCAGCAAACGUAACGCGCGAGGCGGACGCUUUCGCCGCCAAGUUUCGCGAGGAGGUCGGCGGCUGCGCGCCGGUCCCCAAGGGACGGCGUCGAAAGGUCCUUCCGGGAAGUGCGAGGGAUCUGUUCUGCUUCGGGGAUGAGGACGAGGACGAUUUCGAGGAUGAGGACGAGCGGCUGCUGGGGCCGGAAGCGACCGAUGCUUUCUGGGGGCGCAAACCCGCGGUGGUGGAAGAGGAUGCUAGUUCUGUUGUUGCGGCGGCCUCGGCGGCUGCGAGCGAGACGGUUAGCAGUGCGACGGCAGUGAAGGAGGAGGUGUGAGGGGUUGGAGUUUGCUUGUCAUUCAUAGGUUUUUUGGACUGGCGUUCGGGAAUUGGGUGAUUUGUUGGGUUGUUUUGAGAGACGAAAUCUGGUGUGUAAUCUCUUUAUACCCGGAGUGUGGGCUUCAAUAUAGACACUUAUUCACGCUGUUACUGGAUUUCCUCGGUGCCUUCUGCCAUGACAUAUCAAUCCGG